CUUUUGUUGUAAAGAGCUCCGUAAACGCAGCAUGCGACACAGGAAGAUGCGCAUGCGCAGUACGACUGCUGGUGAAGUGUUGCCAUAACAGGCAAGUGGCUAACGCUAAUGUUUGCUAACUAAUUAAGAUAGGUGUUGUUGUUGUGUGUGUGAGUGUUCCAGUCCGAAUCAUGGAACAGUGUGCAUGUGUGGAGCGGGAGCUGGAGAAGGUGCUCCAUCGCUUUGUAAUGUACGGCCACCAAUCUGAAGAGAGGCUCGAUGAGCUCCUGCGCAGUGUCUGUGAGAUACGAGGACAGCUAGUUGCAUUUGGUGUACAAGAUGCAGACUUGUCAGUCCUAUCUCAGACUAUGGCCCAGUGUUGUAAGAAUAUCAAAGAAACAGUGCAGAUGCUCGCCUCCCGACAUAAGGACAUCCAUGGCAGUGUGUCAAAAGUGGGCAAAGCCAUUGACAGGAAUUUUGAUGCAGAGAUUAGUGCUGUGGUGGCAGAGACAGUGUGGGACACCCCAGAGAGACAGAAAUAUCUGAGUGAAACCAUUGUGGAGCAUCUGUACAGGCAAGGGAUGCUCAGUGUUGCAGAGGAUUUGUGUCAGGAGUCUGGUGUAGUUAUAGAUAUGAGUAUGAAGCAGCCUUUCCUGGAACUGAACAGGAUCCUUGAAGCUCUGAGGAUGCAGGAUCUCAGACCGGCACUAGAGUGGGCAGUGACAAAUCGGCAGCGCCUUUUGGACCUGAACAGCAGUUUAGAGUUCAAAUUGCACCGCUUGUACUUCAUCAGCCUGCUCAGUGGGGGAAUCGGCAACCAAAUGGAGGCCCUGCAGUACGCCAGGCACUUUCAGCCUUUUGCCUCUCAGCACCAGAGAGAUAUCCAGAUCCUGAUGGGCAGUCUGGUUUACCUGCGUCAUGGCAUCGAGAACUCUCCGUACCGUAGUUUACUGGAGACAAAUCAGUGGGCUGAAAUCUGUAACAUCUUUACCAGAGAUGCCUGCGCUUUACUGGGCCUCUCCGUAGAGUCUCCACUCAGUGUUAGCUUUGCAUCAGGCUGUAUGGCUCUGCCUGUGUUAAUGAACAUCAAGCAGGUGAUAGAGCAGAGACAGUGCAGCGGAGUCUGGACGCACAAAGAUGAGCUGCCUAUUGAAAUUGACCUGGGCAAAAAGUGCUGGUACCACUCUGUUUUCGCCUGCCCGAUCCUGCGGCAGCAAACCUCAGAGAGCAACCCACCUAUGAAGCUCAUCUGUGGCCACGUCAUCUCCAGAGACGCCCUCAACAAACUGACCAAUGCUGGGAAGUUGAAAUGCCCGUACUGCCCCAUGGAGCAGAAUCCGUCACAUGCCAAACAGAUCUACUUUUGAUACCACACACUCUCCUCAUGAGUAAGGAUGAAGUUACCCUGGAGCUCUUUGCGUUUCCAGGACCAUUUGCUCUGGCCCUUUUCCUCAGUCCCUGGCCCUCGGCCUGUUGUUGUAAGCAUUAAGGUUUUAUCCCAGUGCUCCUCUGGACAACCUUGGCUAUCCCGUAAUCCACCUCGGACCCUCCAACUUUGCAUAGUAUACAGAGUCCAGUGGGGAUGGUCCAACUCUAACCUGUAGUUGCGUGAGGAGCCUGUCAGUUAAUGAGAAACAUCCUCCCGAAGAAGCACCUCUGAAAAAGGAUCAUUCAUUGAAACUCAUUUGCAAAUGCCUGCAGAGUUAUAGGCUUAUCUUUUUAAAGUAUGUAAUACUUUAUAGUGUUUGUUUCCUCUGCUUUAUUGACUGUUUGAGUUGGCUUACGAAUGACUGCUUCUUUGUUUCCUUUUUCCUUUUUUUUUUUUUUGACAGAAGCAGUUGAAUGAAUGAUUACGGAUGGGUGUAGAGUUUGAGUAAAUGAUAUCGAUAGACAGUUUCUGAUUUCAAGAUGAUAAUAAACUAUUCUAUUAUACACAAGAAAGGUAUGUUUAGUAACAAAGUGUGCUGAAGGUUUAUUAUUUGCUGGUGAAGGGAACUGUGGAGGUCUUUCUUUUGAAUCGAACUCUGAUUGUGACCCAUUAUUCCUCCAUAAUGUAAUAAAGGCCUCACGUAGCUUGAAAGUCACUGUUGGCUGAUGUAUCCGUUUUGAUCAGUUCAACAGUUAACUCAUCAAUGGUGGAACAGCUUUUUUUUUUUUUUUUUUUUGUGACUGACUGCACCAGCAAGAUUUUCCUCAUUAUAGAAGCCAUUUGUCUUGUUGUAUGUAUGUAUUUAACAAAGACAACAAAAAGGAAACAAAAAAUAUAUACUACUGUGAAAUGUG